AUGACUGCGCUACCAUCCUCCAAGGCGCUUGCCUCCUUGGCCUCCCUGCGCGCUGCACUCCAGUCGAUCAGCGCACAGCCCGUCCGAGCUCGAGCUGCACCCUCCGUCUCUCGCCAUGCCUCUUGCUCGAUUCACACCAGCGCUUCGAUCUACAACGCUUCCACAUCGGCAUCCUCCUUUUCCUCCUCCACGGCCUCUUCGUCGUCGUCGCCCGCCUUCGCAUCAUCUUCAGACGCAUCCAUCGAGCAGCAGCAGGAUGGUCUCCACGCUUCCGAAUUCGACUUUGACGGCGAAGGUUACGAGAUUCCGCCUUUCGACGAGGGCGACCUUGUAGCCGUACCCAACAAGCCACCUAUGGUGCACGUCAAACUAUCUAAGCUUCACAAGGGGUCCUCCGCCGCCCCUGCAUCGUCAGGGAAGAGCUUCGUUCCCUUAUCGGCACACGUGUUUGACGCCCCGGCUCGUCGGGACGUUAUUCACAGCGCCGUCGUCUACUACCUGGACGCUCAGCGCUCUGGUACAGCCUCGACCAAAGGCCGCUCCGACGUGCGUGGAUCCAUGAGGAAGCUGCGACCGCAAAAGGGUUCGGGUCAGGCGCGUCUCGGAACCAUGUCCAAUCCGAUUCUGCGUGGUGGUGCUGUCGCCCACGGCCCGCGUCCACGCGAUCACUCGACCAAGCUUCCCCGUCGCGUUCGCGAGCUUGCCCUGCGCUCCACCCUCUCGUCCAAGUGGAGACAGGGCGACCUCCACGUCGUCGACAACUUCGACUGGAUUGCUCCUCCGAGCUCCACGGGACCGCUCGCUCGCCUCCUCGGGUCCAAAGGCUGGUCCGACGCCCUCUUCCUCACCGCCCCACGCAAUCCGCAACCCUCCAUCCGCUCCCUCAUCAAGGAUGCCCGCCCUUCGUCUUCGGAUCCCAUCUACCAAGAACAACAGAGACUCGACCACAGCCAGGCCAUCCGCAACUUUGUCCUCGCCUCCAACAACCUCCCACGCGUAGAGCUCAUUGAACUCGACGCACUCACCGAGGAGUACAGAGACAACCUCGCAAAGACGAGCAACGACAAAAAGAAGCCCGGCGAGCUGCACGCUUACGAGGUGCUUCGUCGUCACAAGGUCAUCUGCGACCUCGGUGCCGUAGAGUGGCUGGAGGAAAAGCUCGGUGGCGCCAUCUUCCACGAGCAGGAACAGAUUGAUGAACUGGCUCUACAGCAGCAGCAGCAGCAGCUCGAGGCUAGCGAGACAGCUCAGCCAGUGGAGCAGAGCCAACCUCCUUCGAGUACCUAA